GCCCGAGCGGCCGAACGCUAACCCGUUCCUCAUUCCCGUCUCUCCUCCCGCUGCCGCAAGCCCGGCCACUCGCCCAGUGAGUGCAUCUAGCCAGCACCGGCAUCUACGGCACCGGAUCCUGCAUCGACGACCAUAGCACAAACUCCCAUUUAAAUUAUGAAAGUACAGCACCAUGACCAAUGUUGACCUGCUAAUUUGCUGCAUCACCAUGGCCACAUGGAGCCCCUAGCUACACCACCAAGGCCACCACACGGCUUUCCCGUCCUCCGGUGGCAUGGUCGUGCCCGCUCUUGCGCGGCAAUAGCGUCAAGGGCUCGGUCGUCCGCCUGUCCGCGCCACCAUGCCGCGUGCUGCCGUCGGCGGCAGUCCAGGCAAAGAACACAGAUGGGAGCACAGAGGCGAGCCAUGUCCGGCAACUAACUGCGUGGAAGGGACCACGACGGCCCCCAAGCCGAAGAGGACGACAUCCACAACAUCCCCGCCACCUACCCCAGCGUUCAUUGCCUUGGCAGCACCCAUCACCAACACCUCCAAUGCAGGACUCGACGUCAACAUUGAUAGCGCACAGGAGGUGUUCGUUCGAAUGGCCAUGAGGUGCUCAAGGAGAGGAUUGAGCACAUCAAAGCUAAGAAGAAUGAUGCUUUUAAAUCUAGGAGUGAAUUUACUGAAGAAAUGUCAGAGAUAUGUUAGCAUGUCAUACCAUGUUGGUCAAUCUUGCACAUCCUGACAAUUGAGCUUGAUGAAAUAUUGAAUUUUUAGCGACACUACAGAAAGGUUACAAGAGACAUACGGAUUGGGUAGCAGGUACUACCAAGACAAUAUUGGCAUUGUCCGUGAUUGCAUAGCGGCUAGACUCUACAGUUUCACAUGAUUAGGAACAUUGGUUGCUAAUUUAUCCACUGACCCAGGCGUGGCAUGCCUUGUACCUGUGCACCUUAUGUGUGUCAAGAUGCUUUGCAUUGCUCAAGCCAACGGUACCUUCAUUCCUGACCUGUGCCCUCCCUGAUGCUUGAUAUUCUUGAAAUGAAAAACUUAUAGGACGUCCAGGAGGUGUUGGCAAAGCCGUGAAAUUUUCAUUGUUAAACAAGUUUGGUUUCUUGCAAUAUAACAUUCCACUGUGGAACACGCACUUUGAAGAAGCCUGUAACAGUUUUCUUUGGCAGGUGGACAAGAAAACAAUAAAGACACGCGCCUUUCAAGAAGCUUGCAUUUGUUCAGUGGUUGAUUUGCUGGCUAAACAUUUGGCCAAAUGGAGCUACUCCAUUGACUUCUUUGAGAUGCCUUUAUUCUACUUGUUCGGCCCCCAAGCUAUUGUAAAACCAUUAACUCUGAUAGAUUUAGGGAAGAGAUGAAUGAUCUUAACUAUCAGGUUUGACAAGCAUGUGUAGGGGUUCAUAAAUUGUUUUUUCUUAAAUUAUUGUAUCUUAGCCGUAUUUAUUGUUCAUAAAUUGUUUUUUUUUUAAAUUAUUGUAGGGUGUCCGAAGGGCGCAUGAUAUUCUAGUAGAUAUGAUGUUUGACAGAUAUGAUGGAGAAACUCGGUGUAUGCUAUUUAUAAUUUCUUUAUUUACACAUUA